AAUACCAAGGUGUACUCUGAACUGUUCAGAAAGAGAAGAGAAAAGAAAGUGAAAGUCUUUCAUCGCGUGAGAGUCUCAUAUAGUCCAAUCUCUCUUUCUCUCUCUCUCUCUCUCUCUCUCUACCCACGCAGAGAUUCAUCCCCAUUUUUCUUUUGGGCUAGAUUUUCUGAACCCAUUUCUUCUGUCUUAAGAGCCCUCGAUCCUUAGCCAUGGCUAAUGCAGCGUCAGGUAUGGCUGUGCAUGAUGAUUGCAAGCUGAAGUUUCUGGAGUUGAAGGCAAAAAGAACAUACCGCUUCAUUGUAUUUAAGAUCGAGGAGAAGCAAAAGCAGGUACUGGUGGAAAAAGUUGGUGAGCCAGUUCAAAGCUACGAAGAUUUCGCGGCAAGCCUUCCAGCUGAUGAGUGUCGAUAUGCUGUGUAUGAUUUUGACUUUGUGACUGAAGAGAACUGCCAAAAGAGCAGGAUUUUCUUUAUUGCAUGGUGUCCUGACACAGCAAGGGUGAGGAGCAAGAUGAUCUAUGCAAGCUCCAAGGACAGGUUCAAGAGAGAACUGGAUGGAAUUCAAAUAGAGCUGCAGGCGACUGAUCCAACUGAGAUGGGUCUUGAUGUUUUCAAAAGCCGUGUCAACUGAGAUAUCUCCCAGUCUUGCACGGCGAUUUGGCUAUGCUCUCAGUUUUACUCUUUAAGUGAAAUGUUAAUAGUUUGUGGGGCUGUGCAUGCACCUGACUGAGUUAUGAUAUUGGUUUGUUGUUCAAGUUUUACCUUCAAGUUUGUCCUAAAACAAAAUUUCAGUGAUUCCAAUUAAUAUCUUAUGAUUUGUUGUGUGGAACUGAAGCAAUGAGUGUCUCCUUGUAGUUGUUAUGUCUACAAGCUAAAGGUGUAUAUCAUCUGGGAAUAGAAAAGCACUUCUGGUUUGUUUUUAA